AUAGAUUCUGACGAGGUCUGGGAGCAAAAUGUUACAUACAGAAAGAUGAGACGCUGACACCCUAGUAAAUAUUAUUAAAAUUUAUUUUUUAUUUAUAAUAAAAGUAUGGCCAUAUUUCAAAACGCACGGAAAAAAGAUUUGGUUGAAUUAAUCAAAUAUCUUGUCAAUUAUGAACGAUCCAGAAAUUUCGAUUAAAAUAACCCGAAUUCUGUUUAAGUUAACAAGAUGUUUGGUUUUUGUUAUCUUAACAGAGUUAAACAGAAUUAGGGUUAAUACUUUAAUCGGAAUUUCUGUAUCGUUCAUAUUCGAUCAGAUAUUUGGUUAACUUUACCAAACCUUUUUUUAAGUGUGUAAAUAAAAAAUAUCGUUGAUAUAAAAAAUCAAGGGCAGCACGAUAAUGUCACAAAAUCGACCGCAUAAAAAAGAUUGGCCAAUUGAUGACACGUCGAAUACGACAAGAAUGUACUCCGCCCGGAGUAAUAGUUUUAACAUUUUCGAUUGUAACUCAUGGAAAAAAUGUUACCCGAAAACGUAUAUAAUAACUAAAUAUCCUAAAAAUAUGCCGGGACGUUCUAAACAUACAAGAAAUGACCUUGAGAGUUUGUCUUGUCUGUGUUUCAAACACAUAGCAUGUAGAAAUUUAGAAAAUAUUUGUUUUACUUAAAUUUUCACAUGUACGAUACGAAUUCUUCUUUCUGCAUUGUAAUUCAUUUUUUAACUUAAUGUCAUUAAUCAAAUUAUGUGCGUGAACAGCAAUAUAAGAUGUGAUUUUUUAUACCCAUAUUAUUAAAUAGUUUAUCUAGCUCCUAUUUUGCAAAGAGGAUUAUCAAUGAUAAAAACGAUAAUGACUCAGAACUACGUCAUUUGUUUGCGUGAUAACAAAGUAUAUAACCUGCUGACUUAUAUAACACUUCUCAUUUCUUGCGUGUUGAAGAUAAAGUUCAAUUGCAAUAUAAACGAGUUCUUCCUUCAUUUCAUUAGUAUCGUUAGUUCAUAUGAACACGCAAUAUGUGAUAAUCAGUGAUUUCAUACAGUUUUAUAAUUGUGAAAAAUAUAAUCUGAACUGUAUUUAGUGACUAAUAAAAUAAUUGGUUUUCUUGUGCAAUAAAGGCAAAAAAUAUCAAUACAAGAUGUUAAUAAGCGGGCUUUUUAUCUCCAUCCUAAUAUUAGUAUAUUUUUAUUAUAAGUACAUAAUAUUCAAUUUCUGGCGAAAAAAGGGAGUGUUUGUACCUGUCGAACCUGUUGUACCGACUGGCAAUGUGACAAAAUUUUUGACUGGAAAAAUACCAUUAGGCGAACUCAUGAAAAAUUUCUAUAUGAAAUAUAAGGAACAUCGUGUUAUUGGAAUCUACACAUUGUUCAAACCAAAUCUAAUAGUCGCCGAUCUUGAUUUAAUUCAAACUGUGCUCACGAAGGAAUUCAAGAGUUUUCAUGAUCGUGGAACGUAUUGCAACGAAAAGAUCGACCCACUAUCUGGUCAUUUGGCUUCAUUGACCGGAACAAAGUGGCGGAAUUUACGCGUCAAAUUGGUACCAACUUUUACAUCGGGCAAGAUAAAACAAAUGUUCACGAUUAUAAGGGAAUGUAGUGAAGAGUUGACGAAAAGUUUAGAAAUGGAAACUCAUACAAAAAAUGCUGUUGAUAUCAAAGAAAUAUUUGCAAGAUACACGACGGAUAUAAUUAUGUCAACUGCAUUGGGAAUAAGGUCCAACUGCUUAGUUGAGGCGAAUAAUGAAUAUCGAUACUGGGGAAAGAAAUUUUUCGAAUUAAAUCCUUUCUGGUCCGCUAUGAGGAUAUUUGCACCAGAAAUUUUGGAAUUCUUUUCCAUUCCUGCUACGGAUCGUGGUGUCACCAAGUUCUUCACGAAAUUAUUCCGUGACAAUGUGGAGUACAGGCAAACUCACAACGUCGUAAGGCACGAUUUUAUGAAUUUACUUAUACAACUCAUGGAGAAAGGCUACGUUGAACUUGACGACAAUAGGGACAACACCGAUGAAUCUUCUAACACGAAUAAACUUACCAUGCUGGAGGCGACCGCACAAGCCUUUGUCUUCUUCAUAGCUGGCUUCGAAACAUCGUCGACCGUAGCGACGUUCUGCCUGUAUGAGUUAGCUAUACAUCAGGAUAUACAAGACAAAGUUCGCCAGGAGAUCGAUGAGACGUUGAAAAAGCACGGUGGACUGACUUACGAUGCUUUGAACGAAAUGACGUAUCUGCACAAAGUAGUCCAAGAAACCUUACGGAAAUAUCCACCUGCAACUGUUUUGGGUCGUGUCUGUACCAAAGAGAUAGUCCUCCCAACGACAAACGUUCGCAUCCCGAUAGGGACAUCAAUCUCUAUACCAGUACUCGGAGUGCAUCGAGAUCCGUCAAUAUACCCGGAUCCGGACAAAUUCGAUCCUGAACGUUUCAACGCGGACCAAGUGGCAGCUAGGCAUCCUUACGCUUUUUUGGCAUUUGGUGAAGGACCACGUAUCUGCAUAGGUGCAAGGUUUGGUUAUGUGCAAGCAAAGAUUGGAAUUAUAAGCAUCGUAUCGAAGUUCAAGGUUAAAUUGCAUCCACAAACUGCGGUACCACUCGAAUUUGAUAAUAAGACGUUUAUACUCACUGCCAAAGAUGGUGUGCAUCUUAUUAUUGAAUCGCUGUAAGCUAAUCGCGCUGAUAUUUUUAAGUUGUAAAAUGGAUUCUGACGAGGUCUGGGAGCAAAAUGUUACAUACAGAAAGAUGAGACGCUGACACUCUAGUAAAUAUUAUUAAAACCUAUUUUUUAUUUAUAAUAAAAGUAUGGCCAUAUUUCAAAACGCACGGAAAAAAGAUUUGGUUGAAUUAACCAAAUAUCUGGUCAGUUAUAAACGAUCCAGAAAUUUCGAUUAAAAUAACCCGAAUUCUGUUUAAGUUAACAAGAUGUUUGGUUUUGUUAUCUUAACAGACUUAAACAAAAUUAGGAUUAAUACUUUAAUCGGAAUUUCUGUAUCGUUCAUAUUCGACCAGAUAUUUGGUUAACUGCAUCAAAUCUUUUUUUUCCGUGUGUAAAUAAAAAAUAUCGUUGAUAUAAAAUAUCAAGGGCAGCACGAUAAUGUCACGAAAUCGACCGCAUAAAAAAGAUUGGCCAAUUGAUGACACGUCGAAUACGACAAGAAUGUACUCCGCUCGACGUAAUAGUUUUAACAUCUUCGAUUGUAACUCAUGGAAAAAAUGUUACACGAAAACGUGUAUAAUAACUAAAUAUCCUAAAAAUAUGCCGGGGCGUUCUAAACAUACAAGAAAUGACAUUGAGAGUUUGUCUUGUCUGUGUUUCAAAGACAUAGCAUGUAGAAAUUUAGAAAUAUUUGUUUUACUUAAAAUUUCACAUAUACGAUACGAAUUCUUCUUUCUGCAUUAUAAUUCAUUUUUCAACUUAAUGUCAUUAAUCAAAUUAUGUGCGUAAACAGCAAUAUAAGAUGUGAUUUUUUAUACCCAUAUUAUUAAAUAGUGGCUCUUUAUCUAGCUCCUCUUUUGCGAAGAGAAUUAUCAAUGAUAAAAACGAUAAUGACUCAGAACUACGUCAUUUGUUUGCGUGAUAACAAAGUAUAUAACCUGCUGACUUAAAUAACACUUCUCAUUUCUUGCGUGUUGAAGAUAAAGUUCAAUUGCAAUAUAAACGAGUUCUUCCUUCAUUGCAUUAGUAUCGUUAGUUCAUAUGAACACGCAAUAUGUGAUAAUCAGUGAUUUCAUACAGUUUUAUAAUUGUGAAAAAUAUAAUCUGAACUGUAUUUAGUGACUAAUAAAAUAAUUGGUUUUCUUGUGCAAUAAAGGUAAUAUUAGCAA